AUGAUAAAGUCAAUGCUUAGACAAUGUAUAGAAUGUCAAAGAUGGCGAAAGAAGGCAGAAGUACCAGUGAUGGCCGAUUUACCCAAUGCCAGAUUGAGAAUUGGAAAACCAGCUUUCUACUCGACAGGAGUUGAUUGCUUCGGGCCAAUGAACGUUAAAGUAAAGAGGAGCACUGAGAAACGUUGGGGAGUUGUGUUUAAAUGCAUGACUACAUGGGCAGUACACUUAGAAGUCAUUGAAAGUAUGAACAUGGAUGCAUUUCUCAUGGCGUUUCAAAGAUUUGUUUCCCGACGAGGAAAACCGAAGGAGCUGUACUCUGACUGUGGUACAAAUUUCAAAGGAGCUGAAAAAGAGCUAUGUGAAUCAUCUGAUGCUAUGAGUUAUGACCUAAGACAAAAGCUUGCAAGUCAACAAGUAAAGUUCAAUUUUAACCCGCCAGGCGUUCCACAUUUUGGUGGAAUCUGGGAAAGAGAGGUGAGAUCUAUAAAGAAUGCGUUAAGAUGCUCAUUAAACCACAGUCUUGUAACAGAUGUUGUACUAAGAACAGUAUUCACAGAAGCGGAAAGUGUAAUGAAUUCCAAACCUCUUGGAUAUGCCUCGUCUGAUAUAGCCUAUCCAGACCCAAUAACGCCAAAUAUGUUAUUAAUGGGAAGACGAGACACUGCUCUACCUUUGGUGGUCUUCAACGAUGGAGAAAUAAGAAGUAAACGUCACUGGAGACACAGCCAAUUUAUUGCCGAGCAGUUUUGGAGACGAUUCAUGAGAGAAUACUUGCCGAGUCUUCAAAUAAGACAAAAAUGGCACAGAGAAAGUUGUAAAUUGAAAGUAGGAGACGUUGUUUUGAUUAUUGACUCACAACAACCUAGAGCUCAAUGGCUGAUUGGAAAAGUAACGACAGUAUACCCAGGUGAAGAUGGCCGGGUGAGAGUAGCAGAAGUUUUAGUAAAUGAUACAGGGAAGACAUACAAAAGGCCUGUUGCAAAAUUGGUAAAGCUUGAGCAAUGGAAAGAUGAUUAA